AUGGGGGAAGAUCGGCUUGCUACUAUUCGGGCUGACAAUUUACACAACAACAGUGGCGGCCAAGUAUUACCGCAAGAAUGGUAUACGCAGCUCCAGACAGUCCGCCAAGACGCGAAAAAACUGGCAAACAGCAAGCAGAAAGAAAAGCAAUUUACCAAAAAACUCGCUGACGCCAUAGCCAAGUCUGGCUCCAAAGCUAUUAGUGAUAACAUGCCACUCACUGGACAGAUGGAAGUCUCAAAACUCUGGGUACCAGUCUUCGACAAACAGAUCUUUGGGGGGGCUAGAUUGGCCGACAGCAAAGCCCAAGAAUUAGAACUUCAAGGCGCAUUUGACAUUCUCGAACUGCAGAGACCUGAAGUUGACAAUGGCAUGGCCAGAGAACGUGGCGAUUAUGAGGUGCUCCUGCAAAGGGGCAAGCUCUUAAAAAGGUGUCAGAGCCUCAUUCACUAUGCAAAGCAGGCUCAUCUGCCGCGCAUCGUCGUUGCAGCAACUUUGGCCUAUGCUAGAGUAUCUCUGCUAGGCAUUUGGUUUGGCCAGAAGUGGGAAAAAAGGGAGGUAUCCAAUGUCCGUCUAAAAGACUUUGUUAUUUUCGACGCGUUGAUCAACGCAACCCGCCAGUUACUCAAAGAAGCUCUAGAUCAGUGCUUGCAAGUCGAGGACGCCACCGAGCUACUCCGUCGUACCAAUGCCAUGUUGCAACUUUUAGAGACUCAACGCGACGAUGUGACACCCAGCCAACUGGCAUCGAUCACGUUGGCCAUGGUCAGGGAUGGGAUUGUAUUAGAAACACUCUCUGGGCAAUGUUUACGCAUGGAGACCCCAUUCUGCCUAAGGAAGGGGUACGAUGUCCAGAUUGUGGAGCGAAUAUUGAAGGUCAAGACGACAGGGCCGCUGCAGACACUCAACCUGACAAGGUGA